AUGACUGAUGUUCAGGUAAUUGAAGAAAAUGCUGCCAACGCUGUUACUGCGGAAGUAGUAGAAAAAGACAAAGAAGCCCCAGCUAAACCGCCUGCGGAGAACAAUAAGCCACCGAAUUAUAAAAGAAUAUCAGAUGAUGAUCUCUAUAGACACUCGUCGCAGUACAGGAUGUGGUCGUAUACUAAGGAGCAGCUUGAGGAGAAGAGGGUGGACACAAAUUCUCGAGCGGUAGCCUCUAUUGAGGAAGAUUUAUUAAAAUUCAGAGAAGCUCACAAUCUAAUAGAAGAAGAGGUAAAAAUUCUAGAAGCAAAGGCUAUUCCCCUGACAAUGGAAGAGGAGUUGAGUUUGGUGAAUUUCUACGCGAAGAAAGUUCAAGUAAUAGCCCAGCAUUUAAAUUUGCCCACUGAAGUGGUGGCCACCUCGAUAUCAUUUUUUAGGCGGUUUUUCUUAGAAAACUCGGUUAUGCACAUUGAUCCUAAAAGUAUUGUCCACACUACAAUUUUCUUAGCUUGUAAAUCGGAGAACUAUUUCAUUAGUGUAGAUUCCUUUGCUCAAAAGGCCAAAUCAACAAGAGAAAGUAUCAUUAAAUAUGAGUUCAAAUUACUAGAGUCGUUAAAGUUUUCAUUGUUAAACCAUCAUCCUUACAAACCGCUGCAUGGCUUUUUUCUAGAUAUUCAAAACGUCCUUUACGGUAAGGUGGACUUAAAUUAUAUGGGCCAAAUUUAUGAUAGAUGUAAGAAAAGGAUAACUGGCGCAUUGUUAACCGACGCAGUGUAUUUAUAUACCCCUCCCCAAAUAACAUUAGCAACACUGCUAAUAGAGGAUGAAGCCUUGGUGACGAGGUACCUCGAAAUGAAAUUUCCUAGUGACGAAAAAAUCCAGGAAGAAGAACCAACCGAAAAUAAAGAGGCUCAAAACGACGGCAGCAAGGUAGAGAAAGAUGAGGACCAAGGCAUUGAAGAUGAUAAGACUUCAAUAGAUUCGGCAAAACUGCUAGCGGUCAUAAUGGCGUGCAAGGAACUUAUCGAGGAAACAGCGCCUUUGAGUACUGAAGACGCCAAGAGAAUCGCAGCAAAGAAUUAUUACUGCCAAAAUCCAUCAAGCCUAAUUCAGAAACUAAAGAGAAAGAUGAACGAAGACACUUCCGCUCCUGAAAAAAGGCAAAAAAUAUAA